CUUGGGAUAAAUCAAACAAUAUUUGUCGCAUUUCGCAUGCAGUGUGUAUGUGUCUCCCUUCUCUCUAGUGAGAAGAAACCUCUGCAUCCAAUCGCUCUGUUCCGCCGCCGUGCUCUGAUUCCGUCCGUUGAGGUUUCAUAGGAAAUUAGGAAUGUAUCAUGGGGUUUUUUGAAAUAGUUUAAGUUGAGGCAUGUUUCUUUGUUGACCUAGGGUUAGGAUUUUUGUUGGCUUCAUUAUUUGAACCCUAGAUAGCAACAAUGCAAACUCCAUGUUUGGAUGGAUCCGUUGCGAAGCGUUCGCUGAGAAAGAAGGCGAAUUUGCGGAGCUAUGACGAGAAUUUGAUGGAUGAGAUUUUUGAGAAGGAGUUAGGGAGUGGAUUGAAGAAGAAAAGUAAGACCAAGGAGGCUUUGGAGAAAGAGACUGAAACCGAGGCUAUGAUUGCGUUUUCUCUAGGUUUCCCCAUUGAUGCUUUGCUUGAGGAUGAGAUUAGAGCCGGCGUUGUGAGACAAUUGGGUGGGAAAGAGCAAAAUGAUUAUAUUGUCAUAAGGAAUCAUAUACUAACUCUGUGGAGAAGUAAUGUGAGGGUUUGGUUGACGAAAGGGCAUAUUCGAGAGACCGUGAGCAGUGAGUGUGAACAUUUGAUUAAUUCUGCUUAUGACUUUCUUCUGUACAAUGGUUACAUUAAUUUUGGGGUUUCGCCUGCGUUUUCUGCUCAAAUUCCGGAGGCAAAUGAAGGGACCGUGAUUGUCGUUGGUGCUGGUCUUGCUGGAUUGGCAGCAGCCCGGCAGCUAUUGUCGUUUGGUUAUAAGGUUGUGGUUUUGGAAGGCAGGAACCGUCCUGGUGGCAGGGUUUAUACUCAAAAAAUGGGGGCCGAUGGGAAAUUCGCUGCGAUAGAUCUUGGUGGGAGUGUUAUUACUGGCAUUCAUGCUAACCCUUUGGGGGUUCUGGCUCGACAGCUUUCUAUACCGCUUCAUAAAGUUAGAGAUAAUUGCCCCUUGUACAAGCCAAACGGGGAACCGGUUGAUAAGAAAAUGGAUGCAAGUGUUGAGUUCAUAUUCAAUAGGUUACUUGACAAAGUUAUGGAGCUGCGGAAAAUUAUGGGUGGGUUUGCGAGUGAUACAUCUCUUGGUUCAGUCUUGGAGACACUCAGGCUUUUGUAUGCUGUGGCUCGAAGUCCUGAUGAGAAGCAGUUGCUUGAUUGGCACCUUGCGAAUUUAGAAUACGCAAAUGCUGGAUGUCUUUCGAAUCUUUCAGCUGCGUAUUGGGAUCAGGACGAUCCAUAUGAAAUGGGUGGUGAUCAUUGCUUUCUUGCAGGAGGCAAUUGGAGAUUGAUAAAAGCCUUAUGUGAAGGAGUUCCUAUUUUUUAUGAAAAGAUUGUCAGCACCAUCAGAUAUGGAAAUGACGGUAUUGAGGUUAUUGCAGGGGACCAAGUCUUCCAAGGAGAUAUCGUUUUGUGCACUUUGCCUCUUGGGGUUCUGAAAAAGAAGACUGUGAGCUUUGAACCCGAAUUACCUCCCAGAAAGCUCGAAGCAAUUGAGAGGUUGGGAUUUGGGCUGCUGAACAAAGUAGCAAUGGUUUUUCCUCAUGUGUUCUGGGGUGAAGAACUGGACACAUUCGGAUGUCUCAAUGAAUGUAGCCAUCAACGUGGUGAAUUCUUCUUGUUUUACAGUUACCAUACUGUUUCAGGAGGCCCAGCACUUCUUGCACUGGUGGCUGGUGAAGCCGCACAAAGCUUUGAAUCCACAGAUCCAUCUGAUUUGCUCAAUCGGGUUUUGAACGUCUUAAGAGGUAUAUAUCAAUCUAAAGGUAUCACUGUGCCCAAUCCGAUACAGUCGAUUUGCACACGAUGGGGCAGCGACCCACUAUCAUGCGGUGCAUAUUCUCAUGUUAGUGUGCAAUCAUCUGGUAGUGAUUAUGAUAUACUCGCUGAAAAUGUGGGUAACCGACUGUUCUUUGCUGGUGAGGCCACAAGUAGGCAGUACCCAGCCACAAUGCACGGUGCUUUCCUGAGUGGGUUGAGAGAAGCUUCACGCAUUUACCAAUCAUGCCGUGUUCCGCAAAACUAUCCUAGAAAGUACACAGUAAAGAAUAUCGGGCCGAACAAUGAUGUACUGUUAGAUAUAUUCAAGAGGCCUGAUUUGGAGUAUGGUAAAUUCGCUUUCAUAUUUGAUCCUUCAUCGGCAAGUCCGCAAUCAAUGGGGCUUAUGCAAGUCACUUUCGGUGCUUCUGAGGAACAUUACAAGGAUCUGUUAAACAGCUAUCCCUAUCCCUUGAAGUUGCCGUUGCAGCUCUACGCAAUCAUGUCUCGUGAACAGGCACUCCAACUGCAACAAAUUUCGGGAGGGGAUGAAAGUAGACUGUCAUAUUUGACAAAAAACCUCGGGUUGAAACUUAUGGGAUCAAAUGCUUUAUACAACGCAGGACACCCUCUUAUAGCUAGCAUAGCUAGCUCGCGAAAAGGCAGGUGGAGGAACCGUGCAACUUCGAUUUUCGUGUAAGUAGAUGUGGAUAAUGCUAUAGAUACCCUUCACAAAAGCAUGGAUUUUCUGCUUCUAGGGUUCACAUUGUGUAUGUAGGCAAAUUAGAUCACUAAUUUUUCUGCUAGAUAGAUCUUGACGAUUUGACCCCCUGAGAAGAUUUCAAUCUCAUUUGUUAGCUAGCUAUCUGAUCAUAGGAAACUUAAAACCAUAGGAACAUUGAGUCAUUUGAAAUUUGAAGACAAUAGACACUAGUAAUCCAUGGGAUGGUUGAAGAAUCAGCAUGCAGAGAAAGGUACAACCGUACAAAACAUCUUGUGUUCAUAUUAAACUUCACAGCGUCCCAAAGGAUAUGAUUGUAUUUUUAAGGUAGACCUGUUUGGUUUACCUAUAUUGUUUUUGUAUCAUAA